AACAUGUAAGCGUAAGACAAAAUUGUCAAAUUAUAGCCGUUGGAAAGCAUCUUCAAUAUGAAAGACCGUUGAGCUCCCGGAAUAUGACCGUUAGGAAAAAGUCCCAGUGUUAAAUAAUCGGAGGAGCUUGCUCUCUAUCUGCAACAACAAAAGCAAAUUUCGUUCUUAGAUUCACUAUAUCUUCAACUUCUCUGAUUUCUAGCGCUUACCAUUUUGAAUUUGAGAUCAAGUUUCCAAUUACAUACAUUCGGAUUUAAUUACUUCUCCCUGUUUUCAGUAUUUUUAAUAAUCAGGAUCACAUCUGAUCAGGCGAUGGCAGAAAUGAAUAAAGAUACACACGUCGUUGAAAUCCCAGUAGAAACAGAGGAUGAAAAGAAACAGAGCGCCUCUGCAAUUCAUCACCACCCAUUAAUGGAGAUCUCGCGAAGCCCGGGGCACCUCUUACUGCUGAAGCUUCUGCAGAGAGAAGAGGACCUCUUCGGCCGCAAGAUCGCCGCGAAAGAAGCGCGCCUGGACGCGCUCCGCCGCGAGAUCUUCCAGCUCUGCCUUCUGAUCUUCACAUUCUCCGGAAUUUUCUUCACCAUUCUGUUCACAUCAUACCCAGAGCAGCAGGAGCAGGGGCCCUGCCGGAAAUGGUGGGUCAUCCCGCCGGCUGCCCUGACGGCCACUUCCCUGUUCAUCGCGUUCCUCGUGCACGUGAAGCUCCGCCGGUUCUGGAAGAUGUGCGGGCAGGUGCAGAGGGCGAGGAGCGAGAGCAGGGGAGUGACGAGGUGUGUGCAGGAGCUGAGAAUGAAAGGGGCUAGCUUCGAUUUGUCGAAGCACACGGUGGUCGGCGGGAAGAGGAUGAAGAGCUCCAGCGUGGAGACGGCGAAGUGGAAGCCGUUGACUUGGUUCUCUAACUAUGCAGUGACAGUUUGUCUUGUUUGUUAUGCAGGUCUGCUCUUCCUGGCUUCCAUGGCUAUGUGCAGGUGCUGAUCUGAGUCCUGAGAGAGUGAGAGGAACCUGCCCGGAUGAAGACCCGCCUGACCGUGAACCGGGAUUGACCAAAGCUGGUUCUCUAUUGAACUGUUCGGUCAAAGUUUUGUGUCCAGUUUGGUCAACUCCCAAUUUGUUGACUGGAUUUCUUCUGGCUAAAUGAAGGCAAAUCCAGCCAUUUCAUGUUCGAGUUUAAUUUGGCAGGAAGCAAAUGGUGAAAGUGGAUUGGCUGCAUUACAUCAAAGCCGGAAAUGGGCGAAAGCGGGAAAGGGCUGCAUUACAUCAAAGCCGGAAAUGGGCAAAAGUGGGAAAGGGCUGCAUUACAUCAAAGCCGGAAAUUGGCGAAAGCGGGAAAGGGCUGCAUUACAUCAAAGCCAGAAAUUGGCGAAAGCGGGAAAGGGCUGCAUUACAUCAAAGCCAGAAAUUGGCGAAAGCGGGAAAGGGCUGCAUUACAUCAAAGCCAUAAAUCGACAGAAACGGGAAAUCAGAUGGAGUCAUGGAGAGGGCUGCAUAUGAUUUCAUUUUCAGUUUUCUGAUAUUAAGAGUGAUUCCGGAUAUCAGAUGGGAUUAACAAAUUAUUGUACUUUAAAAGAAUAGUCAGAUGGCAAUAAUACAAAAUGAUUGUUAUUCAAAAUUUAGAAUAUCAACACUCUUUGCAUGUGAAGGCGAACAGGACGAUGACAGUUAAUGGUAUUUUCUAUUUUUCUAUAACAAAAUAAUACUUUUCAUUA